AUGGAAAACGGUAUGCAGAAUACCUUUCUUGCCUUUUCUACGUUUCUUUGCAUCACUCCACAACCAGGCAUCACACAGAGCCUUCUCUUGCCAGCCGUCUUUCAAAGUGCAAUGCAGGAUAGACUAAGGGAAAUUGAGGGCACGCUUGCCCGAACAAAGGAGCGAAAAAAUACGAUCCUCUACAAGCUAUCAAAGCGGCGUCAAGAGGAAGAACGGCUUGCCAGGCUCGGCGUGGAAAGGCUUCCGACGAAUCCGAGCGAAGUGGAUGAUGAAAAGAUCAUCAAGUAUGUUCUCUUCAGACUGAAGCAAGAGAUCGGUGACAAAACGGCACAGCUGCGAGACCAAAAGCUGCUUAGCAUUGACAGAGAUGGCGAGGCCGUUAUUCGAGCAAAAAAUGAUGAAGUGAAUAAACUUCUCUCUCGGAAGUAUCAGUGGGAAGCGCGUCUAUCCUUUCUCGCAGGUGAACCUAUCGCGCCGCGCCCGCGCAAAAAGAUUUUUUUCGGCUGUGCGAAAGAGCUCCCUGAAGCUUCAGUCGUGCAAAAGCGGCAGCGUGUAGAGGGCAUGCAGGAGGCGGGGGAAGAUGAGGUAGCUGAUAGCUCCGAGGAAGAUGAGCUAGUACCCGAUCAACUGGAAGCUGAGCAGCCUGCAACGCAAGAUCACGACUACCUUGAAAGAGUAAAGUGGUUGGGAUCGAGUGCUGCUGACCUGGACUUGAUUCGGUUUGAGCGUGAGGCGGAGGCAAAAAUGCGCGCAAAAGGAGAUAGCAUUGUCUCUCGAGCUGGCUCAGGCGCCCUUAUUCUCUCUUACUGUAAGGAGGGAAAAGCUAUGAUUCCGGACGAAGAGCAUUUUAAGCAGCAGCUCGUAAACAAUCGCAAAAAAGCGCUGCAGGAGCGUUUGAACGCACUUCGCGGGAAAAAUUGA